UUUUUCCUCCCUCCCCGGUUCGGUGACUCACUUGGUCUUUCCCCUUUUCUCCCCUUUAAAUCCCUCUCUCCGACCCAAUUCCUUAGAUUUUACCCAUAUCCUAUAUCGUCUUCUUCCACCCGAAUGGCCUUUAUCCGUGUCGCCUCGCGGCGAUUGCCGCUCGCAAGGAAGCUCGUUCCUGUGAUUGAGUCACCGCUUCAGAGACGUUUUGCAUCGGCCACGGCAAUUCAAGAUGAGGCAUCUUUGCCUAAUCCCGACCCGGCGGCCGAUUCCGCAACACUUGCUUUCGUCCAAGAGCGCGCCCCCUACAUGGUCACCACCUACGUCCGCCCGGCUCCGGUAAUGGUAAAGGGACAAGGCUGCUAUCUGUGGGAUAUAGAGAACAGGCGGUAUCUGGAUCUCACAGCUGGCAUUGCUGUCAACUCCCUUGGUCACUGUGACCCCGAGAUCACACAAAUUAUCGCUGAGCAGGCCGAGACACUCAUCCACGCCUCUAAUCUUUACCACAAUGCCUGGACCGGUGCCCUCAGCAAAUUGUUGAUAACAAAGACAAAGGAGUCUGGCGCCAUGCGUGACGCCUCUCAGGUGUUUAUCUCCAACUCAGGAACCGAGGCAAAUGAGGCCGCUAUUAAAUUCGCUCGCAAAGUUGGCAAGUCUCUCGAUCCCUCGGGCGCAAAGCAUGAACUUGUUUCCUUCCAAAACUCUUUCCACGGCCGCACGAUGGGCGCUCUCUCCGCAACCCCCAACCCCAAGUACCAAACACCAUUCUCCCCCAUGAUCCCAGGCUUCAAGUACGGCAACUACAACGACGUGGAGCAGCUCCAAACUCUCAUCACCGAGAAGACCUGCGGUGUUAUUGUCGAGCCAAUCCAGGGCGAAGGAGGUGUCAACGUUGCUACUCCCGAGUUCCUUGUCGCCCUGCGCAAACGCUGCGAUGAGGUUGGCGCCAUUCUGAUCUUCGAUGAGAUUCAAUGUGGCCUUUCUCGUACUGGUGCUUUCUGGGCUCAUGCGCACCCCUCUCUCGCUCCUGCGUCGGGCGAAGCUGCACACCCGGAUAUUUUGACUUCGGCCAAGGCGCUGGGUAACGGUGUCCCCAUCGGUGCAACCAUCGUGUCGGGAAAGACUGUUGCUGAGCAUAUCAAAGCUGGUGAUCAUGGAACCACGUUCGGCGGCAACCCACUAGUAUGCCGCGUGGCACACCACAUUGUUGAUCGUCUUGCAACGUCAGAGCUGCAAAACUCUGUCGAGAUUAAGUCGGCGGAGCUUAUCUCCGGGCUCCAGGCUCUCCAGAAGAAGUAUCCUGAUGUCAUCUCGCAGAUUCGUGGUCGCGGUCUGAUCUUGGGAGCCCAGCUCUCUCCGGACUUCUCAUCUAAGGCAUCGGAAUUAAUCACUGCCGCGCGGGAACGUGGUAUGUUGAUCAUCACUGCGGGUGAUGGCUGCCUUCGUUUUGUCCCUCCCUUGACUAUCACCGAGGAUCAGAUCAAGACAGCCUUGAAGAUCUUGGAUCAGGCUCUGGAAGCCGUCAUUACUAAGGCAUAAAAUGGAUGGACGGUUAAUCCAUGCGUGUCAUGGAACAAAAAAUUUCAUUUGUAAGUAUAUAAGUUGCAUUCAUUCUUCAUGAAUGCCAGCUGUCCACAUACUAUGUGCUUUCAAUCUUUUGGGUUUCUUCUCUGUUGAGGGCGAUGAUAGAAAGCAGUUAUUUUGCACCCCAGGAAUAGACAUUAUGAAUUUAAAAAAAAC